AUGAAUUUUAUCACUCAAUAUGUGCCAGAGCAUCCUGAAGAUUCCUAUGAAGAUGUAGUAAAAGCAUUUCAAGAAUCACAAGGUCAGGAGAAGGUGGAUACAGAUUCAAGAAAGUUGAUUAAUUUUAUGAAUGAAGAAGAGGAAAUUGUCCGGAAAGCUUUUGAUAGAGCUUUUCAAGAUCCAAGUGACCUUUCGGAAAGGUUCAUGCUCUUUAUUAACAAGUGUUCGCGUGAAUACAAAAUGACAAAAGACUAUUAUGCGCCAUAUACAACCUUAAUUCAAGCCAGUGGCACAGGAAAAUCAAAAUUAUUGAAGAAUUUUGCAGAAAACAUAAUGUCCGUAUAUUGCUGUUUGCGUGACUUCAAAUCAAGCGGCUAUCCAUCCAGAUCAUAUAUUGCCAAUACAUUAUUGCGUGAGUUUGAGAAUGAACGAGAUGCCAUAGUCACCUACCUCGCAUACAUAUGCACAUGUUUUCAAAAGUUGCAGGAAUUCAACGGGAGUCGCAGAGACUGGAUUGAUGAACAUACCAACAAAAAUUCUCAGGUGGAUUUCUGGAAGGAUGUUGAAUACAGAAUAACUGAUAUCACACGUGAGCUUAUGAAAAAUCCUACAGAUAGUGAGAUGGCUGAAGGGAUCAAUAAGUACUUGUAUGGAGAAAAAACAAUAAAACAAAAAGGUUCAGUUAAAUGUCUGUUUGCAUUUGAUGAAGCUCGUACUAUGGUUAAUAAAAAGGUUGAGAAAGAAACCCUGUUCUACUAUAUUCGACGUGCUUUAAAACUUAUACAUAAAAAGAGUCGCGGAAGAGGGGUCUCAUUAUUCGAGCUGUUCUAUUUGUUAGACACCGUGGAUAUAAACACUGAUUUUAAACAAGUACCGAUACUGAAAGAUUCUGAAGAUCCGCAACAUUUCUUUCAGUAUGGAAGAUCUUUGUGGGGUGCACUAUUAUCACCUUCUAGUGAAACUAAAGAAUUCAAACCAGAACGUAUUAUCGAAUUGGCCAUGGACAAGCUUAUUGGUGGGAAGUCUUUCAUUCUUUGGAAAAAAGAAUCCCAAAAUAAAAUUAGUAUCAUGGAAUCUUUGGCUAUCCUUGGAUCCCAUUUAUAUAUUGACAUAGUGCCACAGUCUAGAUAUACAUCUCAUUUAAUAGCAAGCUAUAUGCACCUUUGUCUUGAUAUCUCAGAGGAUCAUGUCUGCUUCACAGAACUUAUUAAUCAGCUCUCUUCAGCACUUAAGAAAGGCGUAGUAGAGACUGGUUACUGUGGAGAGCUUACUGCCAGGUUAUUACUUCUUAAAGCCUGGGAUGAUUGUAAUAAAAAGAAACACCCAAGUGGUACAGAUCUUGGCAACGAUUAUUCUCAUUUCAUGACCAUAAAUGAAUUUUUACGAUCACUACUCGCGGACAAUAUUUAUGAGAAAAUAAAGAAUCGCCUUGAAGAAAGCACUCUUUGUGAACAGUUUAAUGAAGAUCGUAUUUCAUACAUACUAAUACAAGAUAAAAAUUGGUCUACGCAUAAUAAAGGCGAUAACUACUUACUUUAUGCAACGGCUUUUCUGUCGCCAGCAUAUACAGGUAUUGAGGAACUUCCGCAUAUGCCAUUUUUAUCAUUGUAUUUGCAAUUAGGUGCAACAACAGAGUUUAUUGACAUUCCGAAAGAGUUUGUUGAAAUGCGCCAAACACGUCAAGUCAUUUCGUGUAAACGUAAAAUCAAAGAAGUACUAAAAGAUUAUAAAACGGAUAAUAAUGAAACAAGAAAGGAAUUUUUCAAGAAGAUUAGAAUUGAUUAUGAAAAGGAAGUUUCGGGUGCCGAAAUCACAGCGUUCCGAGAGCAUUUUCAAAUCUCACUUGGAUUGUUUGGAUUAUCUUUGAAUGUUUACAAUUGUCUGGAGCAGUUUACACCAGUUUCUACAACCUCAUCAUCGGCCUCGAGUAACAAUCUCACAAAUAGCCUUAAGCAUUUAUUGUCUGCUUGGGUCAAUCCCGCAAUAGAAGGAAAUCAAAAAUGA